AUGCCCAUGGGCUCGGGGUUUUCUUCCACCAUGUUUGGGUCCGCCAAGACGUUCCUGAUCCUCUUCUCGCUGGUGGUGUCUGUCUCCUCUCGACCCAUCCCCUAUAGAAGCCAGUUUGAUACUCUGAAGUCGCAUAGCAGUAAAGAUGCAGUUGCGGUAGAGUUUGAGACACCAUGCAGGCAGUGUUUUGAUGAUAGUGAAUCCAACGUUAUAUUUAAUCUUCACCUUGCACGGACAAAUAAUGUCUGUGGUGAGAGUGAUGUGCGACUAAAUGGCCAGGAGCUGGACUUUACCUGGGACGGUGCCAACGCCGUUGGAGAAGGCGUGGUUCGGGCCCUGUUGGCAGGAAAGAAAGAAGAUGUUGACCUACAUCUACAUUGGAGAAGCCUGUGCAUUGCCAGUCCUAAGGAUUCCAUCGAAGAUUAUGCUGCUCAGAUACUCACCGUCACAUUCUAUCCUGCAGGCCAGGAAGAAGGAAACGCGACGUCCGGAUUUGCGGUCUCGUUUAACUCUGUGGGUGAACCAGAGAUCUUACGUCUCGUUACAUCCCCAGCACCAAUGUCUGAUGAAGCAUCUAUCUUGGAAGCGUGGCUGAACACCAAUGGAAAAGACAAGCAGCAGGAGAGUCUACACAAGGAUCCUCCUCUCACUGCUGCGGAUUUAGAGGAGGAACUUACGGAGUUACAUAAAUUAAGAGACCAGGCCAAGGCCCUUGAUGGCCUUAUCAAGGAGAAGGAUGAAAGGAUCCGAGAGCACCUCUUUGAGGACUGUACCAAUCUUACCGCGCAACUCAAGGAGUGUAAGACUCUACAGUGCUUUAUAGCAGCGACCUUUCAGCUUGUCCCGGACAUGUUCCGCCUUGUGAAGCAUCAGUUUGGACCGUUGCCAACAUCUUUAGCCGACAGCCCUUGUCGACCAGUGUCCAAGAUUCGUCAUGAUGGUGAAUCAGAUGACUACUCUAAUGGAAACAGCUCCAGCCCAGUCGAGGCAUCCCAGCCUGCCAGAGUUAGCAAUACAACAACUGUCAAUGCCCCAUCAAAUUCCAACGUAGGUUGGACAGAGCCACAAAAAUCCACACCACCCCCAUCCAACGAACUACCUUCCCGCUCAGCUAUAAUAAAACAUGUCAUUCGUGACUUUGCAUUCGUCUCUCUUUUUGUGGCUGUUAUUUAUAUGCUCUUGAAACAUUGCGGCAACUCUAUAAGCUGCCGACGACGUCGGGUGGACAUGCUAGCUCGCCGUGAAGAGAGGCGAACACUCCACGCCUAUCGAGCCGCAGCAUGUCGAUACCGAAUGAGACAAUGGUGGCACAGGCUGAUAGGCCAUGGAGAAAUAUCUCCAGUCGCUCAAUCUCCAACUAGCCCUAGCGGCGCCCAGCACCACGAUAUUCGGAUUUCAAGUUUACAACCUGACUCCCCAGAGUCUGACGACGGUACAAUGCCGAAUGAAAUCCUUGGAUUACGACGAGUAUUUGAGUUUGUGGGGGAACUUGUGAAUUCUAACGGUGCACAAGCCGCGGCUGACCAAACGCGGCCCAGACUCGCCCCUCAAGAUAUCACAGAAAUAACUGCGCGGAGAUAUACAGCCGGAACGCCAGCCCCCUCUUCCACCGCACCUUUAACCACAAUCGGCUCUCCAAGGGCAAGCACUAGCAUCCUGAGUUAUGAAACUGAUUCUGAAGAUACAGUUGACAGCCUUGACCCUGAAACAGCCACAAUGAUGAGUGGAUAG